CGAACGCGGAAGAGGGAGAAUCAUAAACAGAGGUAGCUCUGUUAGCAUGAACUCAACGUUUAUCCUUUUAGAAAGUAUUUGUAUUUACUUUCAACUGCCAUGUCUCGCUGUACUUGCGUCCGCUUGACGUGUUUUUCGCGUCGUGUACUGAAGUAGUGUCAGUACGCUGAGUGGAGUAACCGUUGGAGCAGUUAAGUGUUUUUGUUUUUAGCAGCCGGCUGCAGCCAUGUCGUUGUUUAGUGUACAGGCGAGGAAGCACACGGCUUAUUACGACCAUCUGAUGUCGACACCGUCGGCCAGGACCCCGGGCAGAGGGCGUCCGGAGGACAGGAGAGGAGCAGACACGACGCUGGAGAAGAGUGGGACCACAUCCGGAGACUCUGCGUGCGAGGGCAGCAGCCGGACGUCCGAGACAAGCCGACAGGUGAACAGGACUUUUGUCGUGUCGGCGCCGUCGAAGAGCGGCGGCGGGCAGCAGACCCCGCACCGCAGCCGACUCACCCUGCAGAGGAGGUCGAGGAGGAGGACCGGGGCCGAGGCGGCGGAGGGAACCGCGGCCGAGAGCAGCCAGAACACCACGCCGGCUCCGGAGAAGAGACUGACCCUGCAGCGCAGGACCAGGACCCCCUCCAUGGAUAAAGGUGCCCCGGGGCAGCGCGGGGUCGGCGGCGGCACUGGCCUGCAGCCGAAGGUCCUCAGGGAGCCGAACGGCAGGACGCCGAGUCUACUCAGGUGUGCGAGUUUAAGAGAAGCGGCCGCUAAGAGCAAGGGCAGAGAACCCGCUGCUGCGGACACCCGGGCGAGGCCGGCGGGCACGACGCCCUCCGCGGCCCGGCAGCCGGACGAGCAGGCGCACACAUGCGAAACCCCCACCAAGAAGACACCGUUUGAGAAAAUCGCGGCCAAGAGGGCCGUGUUCGAGGGGCUGGCGCGGAGAGAAGCGCCGACGAGACCGGCCGCGGGCAAGUCGGCGAGUCUGGAAAGGCCCAAAGUGUCCCGGGUCACUCAGGACGGGAAACCCGCGGCGGCCCCUCGGGUCAGCAGGGCGCCGGCGGGUGCGCACCGGCCGACCGCGAGCAGGGCGUCCGGCUCGGGCCAGAGGGGGGACAGCACCUCCCGGGACAGCACCUCCCCUCCUCACCCUGCUCCCGGCGAGCAGCCGCCGACUCGCCCCGGCGAGGCCGCGAAGCAGCCGGACGCGUUCAAGAUGGAGAACAGCGCGGUGACUGUGGCUGUGCGGGUCCGACCCUUCAGCGCCAGGGAGAGGGCAGAAAAGGCAUUGCAAGUCAUUUUCAUGAACAACCAGGAGACUGUUGUCCAACAUCCAGAGUCCAAACAGAGUUACUCCUUCACCUACGACUUCUCUUUCUGCUCGGUGGAUGAGAGUGAGCGUGCCUUCGCCAGCCAGCAGACGGUGUACGAGACACUGGCCAAGCCGCUGCUGCUGAGGGCCUUCGAAGGAUUCAACACGUGUCUAUUCGCUUACGGUCAAACGGGAUCUGGGAAGUCGUACACGAUGAUGGGCUUUGGAGAAGAGGCAGGGGUUAUCCCACGGUUCUGCCGUGAACUUUUCUCUAGAUUGACCUCCAUAGAAAAUAAAGAGGUCAAAUGUCAUGUAGAGAUGAGCUACUUUGAAGUGUACAAUGAGAAGAUCCACGACCUCCUGGUGACCAGAGAUGAGCCAAACCAAAGGACGAUGCCUCUGAGGGUGAGGGAACAUCCCGUCCAUGGUCCCUAUGUUGCUGAGCUGUCAGCUAAUGUCGUGAGCUCUUACAAUGACAUCAAGGGGUGGCUGGAGCUGGGCAACAAGCAGAGAGCCACAGCAGCUACGGGAAUGAACGACAAGAGCUCCAGAUCUCACUCUGUCUUCACCCUGAUUAUGACCCAGACCAAAACGGAGUUUGUGGAGGGAGAGGAACAUGACCACAGUAUCACCAGCAGGAUCAACCUCGUGGACCUAGCAGGCAGCGAACGCUGUAACUCUGCCCAGACAAGUGGAGACCGACUUCGGGAGGGCGCUAGUAUCAACAAGUCCCUGCUCACCCUUGGAAAGGUCAUCUCUGCCCUGUCCGAACAGGCACUGACCAGGAGGAAGGUCUUCACACCGUACAGGGAGUCCGUCCUCACAUGGCUGUUAAAAGAAAGCCUAGGGGGUAACUCCAAGACGGCCAUGAUUGCCACACUGAGCCCGGCUGGCAGCAAUGUGGAGGAAAGCCUGAGCACUCUGCGCUAUGCCCAGCAGGCCCGCACGAUCAUCAAUGUGGCCAAAGUCAACGAGGACACCAGUGCCAAGCUCAUUCGAGAGCUGAAGGCGGAGGUGGAGAAGCUGCGAGCGGCCCAGAUGAGCUCACUGGGAAUUGAACCAGAGAGCGUCCGGUUGUUCCAGCAAGAGAUUUCUUGCCUGAAGACCAAACUCUGUCAGCAAGAGAGAGAAAUGAUCGAGGCCAACCGGGCAUGGAGAGAGAAACUGGAACAAGCUGAAAUACGCAAACGUGAGGAGACAAAGGAGUUGCAGAAAGCAGGUGUGACGUUAAAGGUGGACAAUCGUCUUCCCAACCUGGUGAACCUGAACGAGGACCCUCAGCUGUCUGAGAUGCUACUCUACAUGAUCAAAGAGGGUCAAACAACAGUGGGCAAGCACAAGUCCGACUCCAGCCAUGACAUUCAGCUGACUGGAGCCCUCAUUGCUGACCAACACUGUGUUAUUACCAGCCUCCAUGGUACUGUCAGCAUCACACCUAUGGAAAGUGCCAAGACCUUUGUUAAUGGGAACCUCAUCUCAGAUUCCAUCGUCCUACAUCAUGGUGACAGGGUGAUUCUAGGUGGAGACCACUACUUCCGCUUUAACCAUCCAGCAGAGGUGCAGUCUGGGAAACGGGUAUCAUGCUGGACGGGCGCAGGCGAUGGCCACAAAGAUUUUGAAUUUGCCAAAAAUGAACUACUGGUGGCUCAAAGAGUUCAACUGGAGGCAGAAAUUGAAGAGGCCCAUCUGAAGGCGAAAGAGGAGAUGAUGCAGGGAAUCCAGAUGGCAAAGGAGGUGGCCCAGAAGGAGCUUUCUGAUCAGAAGGCGCUUUAUGAAGACAGGAUCCAUGCUCUGGAGACAGAGCUGAAUGAGGAAACUGCACGGAAACGUCAACAGGAGUUGGACCAACAGAGGGUGGCCAACCAGGUGGCCAAGCUGAAGGUGGCCAAGAUGGAGCUGGAACAGGAGGUGGACACCCACAAGAAACGCCUCCGUCUGCACAUGGAGACCCAGGCGAUGGAGGAACAGCGUGUGAGUCAAGUGAGGAUUGUGGAGGCCCUGGAGGCGGAAAAGAGGAAGAUUGCCAAAGAGCUGGAGGAGAUGCAGAAGAAAAGAACUUUAAGGGAAAACCACACUCCCCAAAAUGUCUCUCCACAUUGGGGUGCCAUGAAGUUGUCUUUGAUGAUUGAAGAAGCUAAUAAGAUCAGUGCUAAACUGAAGAAAAACACAGUCUUCAGCAGACAUGAAAGCUCUGGCAACGAGAAUCUGGAGCAAGGUGGUUUGCUACAGGUGCGGGUUCAAAACACAAAGCUGGGCAUCUCCACGUUCUGGAGCCUAGACAAGUUCCAAAACAACAUGGCUGCCAUGAGGGAACUCGAACAGGGGGAUUCCACCUCUAAAGAUGACGACGUGUUUUAUGGCCCUGAUGAUGAGUGGGAGCAAGAUAUAUCGGCCUCCUCUGCCUCCACCUCAUCGUUCUCUCGCCGGAGGAGCAGGAGUUUGUUGAAGAGCAGAAGAAUCUCUGGGCGUCUCUACGAGAUCCGGGUCCAUCCGAUUCAGAGCCUCCACAGUGGCCCCUCCCAGUGUUCUGGGUUGAUGGGCGUCGCCAAACCUCCCUCCACCCAUUCCAGCAGCGCAGAGUCUGCCUUGCCCGGCAUUUGCAAGGAGCUGAUUGGUCAGUCAGUGGCCCAUCUUCGUGGUUGUAGUGGGACAGAGGAGAGCCUGGCUGACAGGUUGGCGUCUUAUCUCAACCUGGUGUAUGAGGCGGUCCAAACCAUAUCUGACCUGUACGACAGUCUGGAAGAUGACAGCCAGGAGAACGUGUUUGUAUGUAACUCGGUGGCCCAGACUCAGCUGGUCAAGGCCACCGCAGCAAUAGAGAGCGCAGUGUUUGUUACCACGCAGUGGUUGGUCGGCGUUAAACCCGUCUCUGGCCUGCUGUACACCAUCACUGAGGAACUCAAGAGCCAAGUCAAGAAGAUGGGAGGAUUCUUUCAGCUGCUCAUUCAGGGCUGUGAAUCCGAGAUCACAUCAAUGGUGAAGGAGGCGCAGAGGAAGAGCAGUCAGUGCUUGGAUGCAGCAUUGCUUGCACUCGGCCACCUGGCGGCAGUGACAUGCAUGCCACUGAAUGCUGUCGAGCUGGGUGCCCAGGCCACAGGCAAGCCGUCGAUGACCGUGUGUCUACUGAAGGGCACCAACAGAGGCGUUCGCUCUCUCUUGGAGGAGAGUCUCACUGUCACCAGGGAAAUGCUAAGAGAGGCUCAGCUGUCGUAUCCCAGGAACCCAGUCCUGCAGAGCCUAAAAUCCAAGACGCUCGAUUUAGCAUGUGCUCUGCAGAGCUACAUGCAUUGUCAUAUUUCGGAGAGAGAAUCUGACCCACAGGAAGUGGAAGAAGCGAUGGAGGAGGCUUCUGCUUCCCAUUUGAAGAAACUGAGGACUACGGCAACCAAACUGUUCCAGUUGAACCAGGCCAUCAGACAGCUUCAUUCCUCUCUGUCUGCUGCCCUGCGAGGAAAAGACAGAGACUCCAACUUCAGCAGCUGCAGAGAGCUGAUCUCCUCCUACGCCGAAGCAGUCGACGAACUGAUCUCCGGUCUGUCCAAGGAGGGAGCGUUGGCGCCGUCCCUGCAGCUUCCCUGUCUCCAGAGCGUCGUGACCGCACGAGACAAACUCCACUCUGCUCUGCAGUCCCUGUCCUCCCCCUGGGACGAACAGGGGGCUGGAGCGAGCAGAAGCUCUGUCGCUUCAGAUAAGAGCACGGGAGAUGAGAUCUUGACUAAAGAGAGUACUUCCACUCAAAGUGCUGUUAGAAAUCGAGUUGUGAGUAAAAUAGUCUACUCUCUCCCUCCAGGUGUGUCAUCCAAAGGCAGCCCACACUGGGUGUAACGUGUACAUAUACGAUGUGUUUUUCGUUACGAUGCGCUAAUAUCAUGUAGGCUUUACUGUAAAACUAAACAGCUGAGUACUUUGACGUGAGCUCCCUGCUGGAAAUAACAAACGGGUGUCUUUUUCUUUUUGUACCCCCCAUUAUUACCAAGCUCCAAUUGCAGGCAGCUGAAAAUUUAUUGCUACCAUUUAAGUUAAUAAACAGUCAUCUUUACACUUUCACGUCAGUCUCUGUCACGUCUGAUAUGAUGUAAAUGUAGAACUACUGUUUAAAUGAACUUGAGGUCCUCUUUUAAGUCUUGCUUGAAAGAGCAUUCAAGGUAUAUUUUUUUUAGAUAAUGCAUUUGAGCAAAUCUAAUUAUGAUGGAUAAACACAAGAAUACACUUAUGCUGUGCCAGGCCUUGCCUAUGUUUUUCAGAGGCCACUACAUUUUCUUUGCCUUUUUUGUAUUCAAACAUCCAACAGUUCUACUAUCAGAUACUUUGUCACUGGGUUUUGUAAAAAAAGAGAAGAAGAAAAAACGACUUUGUCCCCAUGCUCUGCUGUAUAUGAUUUCUUUUUUUGUAUGAAGGCAUAUUUUGUUUUUGCUUUGCUCUUGUAUUUUGUACUUGUACUGUAACAGUUUGCACUCCGGAGAAACUAAUACUCAGGGUUUCUUCUUUAUACAUAUAGGUAAACAAUGCAUAGUUAUGUCUUUUUAGUCUUUUGUAACACUUGGUAUAAAAAAAAUCACAUCUAUAUAGUUAUGGAAGUUGAAUUAAUACGAUAAAUUCAUUUGUAUUAAUUUGACAAGAACCCAAGCCUUUCAUAUUGUGGAGCACUUACUUACAUGGACUAUUUGUAAACACCGCUCCUAUAAGCCGAUUAUUUUAUUGUGAAUAUUUGUGAAUUGGCCCUGAAAUAUAGUACAGUCUACAUUGCAAGUAGGAAACUAAACCUGUUUACCAAAACAUUCACGUUCACAUUCCCUAAUUGGGCAAACUUGCAUUGAAUUAAAUACUGAAAAAAAUAAAUAAAAACAAGUUGAGUCGCA